GUAAGCAAUCGGAAAAAACUGUAAGUAGUUUGACGUAAGAAUUUACGCGGUUCCCGUGAACGCAGCAGUGGACCGACUCGAUCAGCGGCUAAUUGUCCUGGCUCCUGAUCGCACUACACGCCCACACGUUAUCGGUAUUCUGACUCUAUACAAGACUUCUACACUACACAAAUGGGGACUCAGGGCGCUUCUGGGAGCGAAGACUGUCCUUUUUGCCAAAUAGCGAACAACCAGACUGACGCAGAAAUCCUGCUAAGUGACGAUGAGCUGCUUUGUUUUCGUGACAUAAAACCUAGCGCCACACAUCAUUACCUUGUUGUUUCCAGGACGCAUAUCAACAACUGCAAAACUCUCCAGGGGGACGACAUACCUCUAGGUCAACAAAGUUCUUUCUCAGUUGAAGACUCGCGGCGAGGUCAAAUGAAGAGAUACAAGAGUCUGAAGGUGCAACGGUCUUCUUUUAUGUUGACAGGUUAUUUAUUUUCAUCCCGCUUCACUGAGUGCAAUUUUAAAUCAGUUCUCUAUCUGACUUGACAUUUUUUGUGUCAAUGAGUUAUGAUGUAUAUUCCUCCAUGCUGUUUGGUAGUUCAGUUGUGGAGAAAAGUGGAAUAAAAAGGCUCUUUUGCUUUGAGGUGGAAGCUGUAAAAGUUCAACAUUUUCACAAAUAUGUUUUUAAUAAUUCAUCCUAGUCCUAUCAAAUGUCAUGUUGUGCAAUGAGGAGAGAAUUAUUGCUUUUUGGAUAUAUUUAAAAAAAAAAAAAAAAAAAUUAAAUUCAAACCUUAAAGACUCCCUCAGCUUAUCCCCUGAUUUGGAGGACUGAGCUCUUUCUGGACUGCUGCAGUCGACACCAGCUGCCCCCUCUCUAUCUCUUUUAUUUUGUCUAUCUUUUUUACUUUUGUCUUUUGGAUGUUGUGUGUCCUUACUGGUGUGUGUUUGUCAGUGUGCAUUGGGUGUGUGUUGUUUGUCCCCAUUUGGGACCUGUGCUGGGUUGGAUUGCGGG